GCUUCUCCUUCCCCGAACUGCCUUAUUCAAAGAACCUAGCGGGGAAAUGUUCCUGGACCAACGCCUUGCAAGCGAGGAGGACAAUCCGCGCAGGUUUUUGUAAAACAUAUUUAAAAAAUCAUGGUGCAAAAUCCUCCAACAAUCAAGCACCGGGAUCUUUUUAGUUUUGGCUUUGCAGAAGGAAAACAAAAUAGGAGCAGCUGUGAGGCUCUGCAUAGCAAGUAGCUUCUAAGAUACAUGACAGCUUCUGGAUUUCAGCCCCACUGGGAAAUAGGCAGUCUCCUGGUUUAUUACAUGGCAGGCAGUCCAUGGUCUGAUGAAAGAAUCAACUUUGGAAAGACUGGAUUGGAAUUGGUAAAUUGCUUGCAGUGAAGGCAACAAAAUUCCUGGGAAAUGCAGCUGUUGGAUAAGAUGACUUCUACGCACACUUGGAUACUGACUUUUCCAUGUAUGCUGGGAUAUUGAUUAAAUGUUGCUGGAUUUGUGGAUCUUUUGAGAAGAUCUUCUGGGUGGUUUAUGGACCCUCCUACAUUUGCGUAUUUUCCACCCAUCCCCAACUUCUUUUCGUCUUGUUGACAUGGAUUUUUAAUAGUAAAAUAUUUGCUGACUCACUCUUAGUCUUCACUUUAAGGAGCAGAUGACUGAAUAACUUUUAAUCAGUGCCUUUUAUUUUCUAAACACUUUUUACAGUUCAAAGAAAAUUGCACAUUUGCUGGUGCUUGAUCCUUCCUUCCCUUCUUCCAUUAAUACUAUUAUUAUUAUUGAAAAAGAGAACAAAUUUGCAUCUUGGGUGAGAAGCCUGAGCCUCUCCUACUGGGGGAGGCAGCAACGUUAUUUUCCCCUAGCACCUAGAAAGCAAGAAUUAAAUAUCUGUUGUGAGGGGUUAUUGGAAAGAUUUUACCCUGUCUGCUUCAACGCCCCCACCGCCACUCCCCCCUCCUCUUCCCCCUCUCCCCCACCCCACCCCACCAAGAAUGGGGCCUGUGCUCCUUAGGCGGGGAGGCUGCCUCCUACUCUGGAUGGCGCUGCUCCUGGGAUGUUGGGCUGAGCUUGGCAGUGGCUUGGAGUUCCCAGGGGCAGAGGGCCAGUGGACUCGCUUCCCCAAAUGGAAUGCCUGCUGUGAGAGCGAGAUGAGCUUUAACAUGAAGACCCGCAGUUCCAGUGGCCUGGUCCUUUACUUUGAUGAUGAGGGCUUCUGCGACUUCUUGGAGUUAAUUCUGACCCAAGGUGGGCGGCUCCAGCUAAGUUUCUCCAUCUUCUGUGCUGAACCUGCCAUUCUGCUCUCUGACAUGGCUGUCAAUGACAACCUGUGGCACACUGUGGUCAUUCGCCGCAAUUUUAAGAAUACGACACUACUAAUUGACCAGGCUGAGGCUAAAUGGGUGGAAGUGAAAUCUAAGCGGCGGGACAUGACGGUCUUCAGUGGUCUCUUUCUAGGAGGGUUACCUCCAGAGUUGCGUUCACCUACCCUAAAAGUAACACUCUCCUCAGUGAAGGAUAGGGAACCCUUCAAAGGAUGGAUAACAGAUGUAAGAGUCAAUUAUACACAGUCUUCGCCUGUGGAGAGUCAAGAAGUACGUCUGGAUGAUGAACAGAGCCACCUGUGUGCUAGAGAUGUUUGCCUCAAUGGUGGUGUAUGCUCUGUACUCAACAAUCAGGCGGUGUGUGACUGCUCCCAUACUGGUUUCCAUGGGAAGGAUUGCAGUGAAGGUCUGGCGCACUUGAUGAUGGGCGACCAAGGAAAAGAAGAAUACAUUGCAACUUUCAAAGGAUCAGAAUAUUUCUGCUACGACCUCUCACAGAAUCCUAUCCAAAGCAGCAGCGACGAAAUAACUCUGUCCUUUAAAACGCUACAGAGGAAUGGACUAAUGCUUCACACUGGGAAAUCAGCUGAUUAUGUCAACCUUGCCCUGAAAAAUGGAGCUGUCUCCUUAGUUAUUAAUUUGGGCUCAGGGGCCUUUGAAGCACUGGUGGAACCUGUGAAUGGGAAAUUUAAUGACAAUGCCUGGCAUGAUGUGAAAGUAACCAGGAAUCUGCGUCAGCACUCAGGCAUUGGACACGCUAUGGUGACUAUAUCAGUGGAUGGAAUUCUGACCACGACGGGCUACACACAAGAAGACUACACCAUGCUGGGCUCCGAUGAUUUUUUCUAUGUGGGAGGCAGUCCUAGCACAGCAGACUUACCAGGAUCACCAGUCAGUAACAACUUCAUGGGUUGUCUCAAAGAGGUUGUUUAUAAAAACAAUGAUGUAAGACUGGAAUUGUCUCGACUGGCCAAACAAGGAGAUCCUAAGAUGAAGAUCCAUGGUGUCGUGGCAUUUAAGUGUGAAAAUGUGGCAACCUUGGAUCCAAUCACUUUUGAAACACCAGAAUCCUUUAUUUCUUUGCCAAAAUGGAAUGCCAAAAAAACAGGCUCAAUAUCCUUUGACUUUCGCACUACUGAACCCAACGGGCUGAUUCUCUUCAGCCAUGGCAAACCACGACAUCAGAAAGAUGCCAAACAUCCACAAAUGGUUAAAGUUGACUUCUUCGCCAUUGAGAUGCUUGAUGGGCACCUCUACCUGCUUUUGGACAUGGGAUCUGGAACAAUUAAAAUAAAAGCUUUACAGAAGAAAGUGAAUGAUGGAGAGUGGUACCAUGUUGACUUUCAAAGAGAUGGACGAUCUGGUACUAUUUCUGUCAACACGAUGCGUACUCCGUAUACUGCGCCAGGAGAAAGUGAGAUCUUGGACCUAGAUGACGAUUUGUACCUUGGAGGUUUGCCAGAAAAUAAAGCUGGCCUUGUCUUUCCAACAGAGGUCUGGACAGCCCUUCUAAAUUAUGGCUACGUGGGCUGCAUUCGAGACUUGUUUAUUGAUGGCCAAAGCAAAGAUAUCCGUCAGAUGGCAGAAAUCCAGAGUACAUCUGGGGUGAAACCCUCAUGUUCAAGAGAAACAGCAAAGCCCUGUCUAAGCAACCCUUGCAAAAACAAUGGUGUGUGUAGAGAUGGCUGGAACAGAUAUGUCUGUGAUUGUUCUGGUACAGGUUACCUGGGCAGAUCAUGUGAACGAGAGGCAACUGUUCUAAGCUAUGAUGGAAGCAUGUUUAUGAAAAUACAGCUCCCUGUGGUGAUGCACACAGAGGCAGAAGAUGUGUCCUUACGGUUCAGGUCUCAGAGAGCGUAUGGCAUUCUGAUGGCCACAACGUCAAGGGAAUCCGCUGAUACGCUGCGUUUAGAGCUGGAUGCAGGACGAGUUAAGCUUACAGUCAACCUAGACUGUAUCAGGAUUAACUGUAAUUCCAGCAAAGGUCCAGAGACUCUUUUUGCUGGAUAUAACCUCAAUGACAAUGAAUGGCACACAGUACGUGUAGUUCGAAGAGGAAAAAGUUUAAAGUUAAUGGUAGAUGAUCAACAAGCCAUGACAGGUCAAAUGGCUGGGGAUCAUACAAGACUGGAAUUCCAUAAUAUAGAGACGGGAAUCAUAACAGAACGGCGUUACUUGUCCUCAGUCCCUUCCAACUUCAUUGGUCAUCUGCAAAGCCUCACUUUUAAUGGCAUGGCAUACAUUGACUUGUGUAAAAAUGGGGACAUUGAUUACUGUGAACUAAAUGCCCGUUUUGGCUUCCGGAACAUCAUUGCUGACCCAGUCACCUUUAAGACAAAAGCCAGCUAUGUUGCUCUUGCCACAUUGCAAGCGUAUACAUCUAUGCACCUGUUUUUCCAGUUCAAAACAACAUCAUUGGAUGGGUUAAUACUUUACAACAGUGGAGAUGGCAAUGACUUUAUCGUGGUUGAAUUAGUAAAAGGGUAUUUACACUAUGUGUUUGAUUUGGGAAAUGGUGCAAAUCUUAUCAAGGGCAGUUCCAAUAAACCUCUGAAUGACAACCAGUGGCACAAUGUGAUGAUAUCACGGGAUACCAAUAAUCUCCAUACAGUAAAAAUUGACACAAAAAUCACAACGCAGAGCACAGCGGGAGCAAGAAACUUGGAUCUCAAAAGUGACCUAUAUAUUGGAGGGGUAGCAAAAGAAACUUACAAAUCCUUGCCUAAAUUAGUACAUGCAAAAGAAGGAUUCCAAGGCUGCCUUGCCUCUGUGGAUCUCAAUGGGCGUCUUCCAGACUUGAUCUCAGAUGCUCUGUUUUGCAAUGGACAGAUAGAAAGAGGAUGUGAAGGCCCCAGCACCACGUGCCAAGAAGACUCCUGUGCCAACCAAGGUGUCUGCUUGCAGCAAUGGGAUGGGUUUAGCUGUGACUGUAGCAUGACCUCUUUCAGUGGGACACUGUGCAAUGACCCGGGAACAACAUACAUAUUUAGCAAAGGUGGUGGACAGAUUACAUAUACCUGGCCUCCCAAUGAUCGGCCCAGCACACGAGCAGAUAGACUGGCCAUAGGGUUUAGCACCGUUCAGAAAGAAGCCAUCUUGGUGCGUGUGGAUAGCUCGACUGGGCUCGGUGAUUAUUUAGAGCUGCACAUCCACCAAGGGAAAAUUGGUGUUAAAUUUAAUGUUGGAACAGAUGAUAUCGCAAUUGAAGAAGUCAACGCAAUCAUUAAUGAUGGGAAAUACCAUAUAGUACGUUUUACAAGAAGUGGUGGUAAUGCCACAUUACAGGUGGACAACUGGCCAGUUAUAGAACGCUACCCAGCAGGAAACAAUGAUAACGAGCGCCUGGCGAUUGCUAGACAGCGAAUUCCAUAUCGGCUUGGUCGAGUAGUUGAUGAAUGGCUACUCGACAAAGGGCGUCAGCUCACAAUCUUCAAUAGCCAAGCAACAAUAAAAAUUGGAGGCAAGGAGCGAGGUCAUCCAUUUCAGGGUCAGCUUUCUGGACUCUACUACAACGGUUUGAAAGUCCUGAACAUGGCUGCCGAGAAUGACGCCAACAUAGUGAUAGAAGGGAAUGUGAGACUCGUUGGUGAAGUGCCUUCCUCUAUGACAACCGAGUCAACUGCCACUGCAAUGCAAUCAGAGAUGUCCACAUCCGUCAUGGAAACCACUACCACUCUGGCUACCAGCACAGCUAGAAGGGGAAAACCACCUACGAAAGAAUCAAUUGUUCAGACCACAGAUGACAUCUUGGUGGCCUCAGCUGAAUGCCCCAGUGAUGAUGAGGACAUUGAUCCCUGUGAGACGAGCUCAGGUGGGUUAGCAAGUCCUACCAAGCCAGGACGGGGAGGAUACCCAAGUUCAGAAGAGGUGGUUCGGGAAUCCAGCAGCACAACUGGCAUGGUAGUUGGGAUUGUGGCAGCGGCUGCUUUGUGCAUUCUCAUCCUCCUCUACGCUAUGUACAAGUACAGGAACCGAGACGAAGGCUCCUAUCAUGUUGAUGAGAGUCGAAACUACAUCAGUAACUCAGCACAGUCCAACGGGGCUGUGAUUAAGGAAAAGCAACCCAACAGCUCUAAAAGCUCCAACAAAAAUAAGAAAAACAAGGAUAAGGAGUACUAUGUCUGAUCCCAACAACUGGAAAGAACAAUUGUAUAGAAAUAGUCUUCAUUUUAUCUGAGACAUAAAACAAAACUUAUUUACUUUACUUUUUAUGAAGCACAUACAAAGUUUAAAAAAAUGGGGAAAGGAGAACACAGGGAAUGCAAUUAGAAAGGAAAGACUUUUUAACAAAACAAAGAGAGAAAAAAUGAAAUACGCAUUUCAUACUCUGGUUUCUCUGAAAAGGGAGUCAGUAAACCCCCUUACAUUCACAGUGUUUUCAUUUACUCUGCCAUCUUUAUGUUGCUGGAAUGUUUCUGAAGAAGAUGUUGGUACUACUGCACACUCAUAAGGCAAAGAGUAUUACUCCAAAACAUCACCCAGCAUAACACAAAUUGUGACAAACUGAAACAAAACAAGAAACCAUACACACACCCACAAUAAAGAAGCUACCUAUGAGUUUGGAUUUAGCCAAAGUGCUAGCGCUUUCCUGAGGAGUAAGUCAGUCUGAUUACCCAAAAAGACUUUGCCAUUCAACACAAGCCCUCAACAAGCAAAGGUUGAAACUGAGCUUGCCACCUGGUGCAACAAAACAAUGAUUGGAGCUUGGGUUUGAAGUAAAGUGCUGGCUUUUCUGAAAAAAACCACAUUUAAAAACAGAAGAAGAAAACAUUUUUGAAAAAAGCCCCUUUCUGGUUGUGAGGAAAAAGUAUAGCGGCCUUAUUUUCAAACAUAACAAUAAACAAAGAAACAAAGUACAUGAAAUAUAAGGCUUAUUUUCACACACCAUUACCAACAAACCUGAGGGCAUAGAUGCAAUCAUUGGAAUAAAAAAUCAUGCACGCUUAGUAUGUUAUUACCUAUGUUUAUAUUAAAAACACAUCUAUAUGUGCUUUCUGGACUGUGAUAAGUGAUGUUUUCUAGCCUGUUGUAUAGAAAAUGCAAACUAUAUCUGCUCUUCAACCAUUUUUGGUAAACUCAAUGUUCUAAGUGUUGCUAGGUAUAGAAUGUUUUAUGACAUCUGGAGCAACCAACAUUUCUGUUUACUUUUGCAGCCAUGAGAAACUGCCACAAUUUUUAUUCCCUUCAUGUCUCCCUCCCUCCCUUCCUCCCUUCCUUCCUUCCUUCCUUCCUGGGUUUGAUUUUGAUUUACAGUGUAGUAAAUAUACUAAACAGGAUGUGUAUGAAUGUAUAUAAGAGUCAGCUAAUUUUCUUCUUAACUUGUACAGCCUCUCUUCUUUUGCAGUUCAGUUUUAGUAGUUUGUAUGAAAGAAGUGGACUUAGAAAGCAAAUAUAUAUAGAUAUAAACUUCAUAAUUUUCUUCUCCAAUUGUCUAUCCUCUCCUACGAUACAUUAGCAAGAUCAAUCACUCUUACGUGAUUUCAGCUCCUCUCUAUUCCCACCCCCCAUUAAACCCAACACAGACCUGCUGAUUUAAGUGACCUUUAUACCCCAGUUCAACUUUCUGGCUGCUUGUCCAGGAAUCAAGAAAAAGGUUGAAUUCCAUGAUAUCUUUCACCUAAACCUUUAUUAUCAUUUACUUCUUAUUUAUAGUAUAGCAUUAUAGAGUUGGUUGGUAAAGAAAUUCAGAAAUCUGCCCUUUAAAGUACUCUAGCUCCUCUCACUCCUUUCCUGAGUUAGGAAAAACAGGAAUGUUCUCAAUAUAAACUGUGCAAAACAAGAACAAAAGUUGCACCUUUUGUCAAAUGAGGAAUGAUUCUCCUUUUAACCUGUUUUUAAUUACCCAACUCUUACUCUGAGCUUGAAUAGAAUUUUUUCUAAGCUAAAUGAGUACAGUGGUUUGGUAAUAGAUAUUCUCUAAGAGUCUCUACAUAGUUAUAUGUAUAAACAUUACAAGCAUUCUGGUUUAUAUACAUGCUUAUGUUACAGAUUUGCAAGUUUCAUUUUUUAACAACAGCAGCAGCAGCAGCAACAACAACGAGACUGCUUCACUGGGUUCCCAACGAUGUGUCUGUCAUUCUGUAGCAUCUCACUUAGAGAGAUACAAGUACAUUACACAGAAAUACAGUUCAGUAGAAAAUCAGCCUUAUCCUAGAAGGCCUCCUGGGAGGAGUAGAAUUGUUCACACUUUAGAGCUAAUUUUAAAUUCCUUUUUCUUGUCUGUAAUCAACAAGGCACUGUAUUUUCUUGUAUGCUGUUUGCUGCUGUUAUGGCAAAGGACUGGGAACUGGUGUUCAACAGAGCAAUACUUUAGAAAUACAGUAGAACAGUGCUAAAUGAUUUGAACAAUGUGCUUUGUGACAAGGGCUUGUGAGAGAAGAAAGGAUGAUGCAUGUGAGUAUUUGAAGGCUAUGUUGCACUCAAGAUAACCUAAAAGUUGUUUGGCCAAUUGUCCUUGUAUCUACCACCUUUUCAGUUACUUUUGCUGAGGGGAGGGCAGGAAUAGGUUCACCCUAUGUUACAACCAUGGCAGAAACCCGGCUUUGGAACUCCAAACAAGCUAUCAGUGAGGGAUGGAUAUUCAUAAUAAUCAGGAGAGAGACUUUAAGCUUUGGCAUUCACUGAUGGCAAGGUUCUUAUGUGACUUCAUACACUCACUCCAUUACCUAACUUUUUUUCCCCAAGCAAUUAACAUACUUACUUUUAAGGGGUAAGUGAUGGGGGACUUUCAAGCUGUUUUCUGAGGAUUUACUCCUGUUCUUCCUUGUUGAUUUUGUGAUUUAAUAAUGAGCAAAACAAAAGUGUUUGCAUUUAUCAAAUGUUUGCAGUAGCUAUAUUAAAAAACUCUUCUUUUUUGAAAAUGCAUAACAAAUACAUUAAUACCAUCUCUAUAAUAAUCUAAUUUGUUUGACUAAGGCUGCAAUCCUAUGCAUAAUGGGGAGGCGGGGGGAGUCAGUCCCCUUUAAGUCAUUGGGACUGCUUCUGGAUAAACAUGCCUAGGAUUCUGCUGUGAUGAGACGGCUAUGGGUUUUUUUUAUUAUUAUUACUGUAUUGUGUUGUCUUUUUUUUUUUAACAAAACACUAAAAGAAUAUGUGAAAUUAUUCAUUCCCAAGAUAUUAAAAAAGAGGUCAGAAGCCCUUAACCUUAUAGUGCUUUCUGUGAUAGAUAUUUACAAUUUUUUUUAAUUGUUGCAAGGCCAAUUUAUCCAUUAUUGGAAAUGCUAAGCAAGUGGAAUUUACCGUUUUGUUAAUAAAAUGUUUCUUAAUACAA